ACCAUAACCGACUUCUGUUGUUUUGCAUCAAACGCUCGAACAUGGAUACUUUAGAAGCAUUGUUCCAAAAGCAAAUCGAUACAAUUCAACGUAUAGAGUUGUUUUUAGACAUCUACAAGUGUAAACAGCACGUUUCGGAGGACUUGCGGGAGCUUCGGUCGGACGUUCGCGUAGCCAGUGAAAAAUUACACCGGACCAGGGAAUACCUCGAAACCGAUCGGAGGCAGGUUUCAUCCCAAUUUAUUGAAAUAAUGCGUAAGAUGAGGAGAAACGAAUUGUUAAUGCUUCAUCUCCUAGAAUUGGCUCCAUCCAACGUAGAUAAUACUGCAUCCAAACCCGCACCCAAGAUACCUUCGGAUGUGUUGAAAGAGGUUCAAAAUGAAAAUCCAACGAAGAUGUAUCUUGCGGACUACUCAAAGUCCCCAUUUACGGUACGCUCAAAACACAGAGCUAUGAAGUUCUACGACUUUGAUGCGGAAAUUACCGAAGAACAGUUUGAUUCCAUACCCAAAUACUUGAAAGGUAGGAUGCAGCUUUCUGAGCUCACCCAGUUCUUGCAAGGAGAAAUUAUCAAAUGCUUUGAAGACAAAUACGCACUGAUGUACAAGCAACGGAAGGCUAUACCGAACCAACAGGAUGUGACUGCUUGGAAGGAGUACAAUAAUUUACAGGCGAACUUCCCUGGACACAGCUUUAUUACACAAGAUGACUUGACGCGGAGAACAGGAAAAGUGCUAGACAAGAAAAGCUACUCGAAACUGCAGAUGUUGCGCCAUCUCCACAUCCUGCAGGAGGUACGCUCCGAUGGAAUAGUUUAUUUUCUUUGGGUUUUCAAUAAAUGAGAGUGGAUUUUAAUCAUUAAAUAUAUUUUUUUAAACGCUGA